UCUGCAGGAUUUUAUGGGAAGAAUUGCCGCCAGAGAUGCAACGAGAAUUGCUUUGUUACAAAUAGAUGUGACCGGUUUACAGGGGAGUGUAAGGAGAAAUGUAAACCAGGUUGGCAGACAUCAAAAUGUACACAGAGUAAAAUGUGAGGGAGGUACGUACGGUGUUGACUGCCGUCAGAUCUGUGGUCACUGUCUCAGUGGAUCAUAUUGUCACCACUUGAAUGGAACUUGUGGGGAAGGGUGUUCUGCUGGAUUUUAUGGUGCGACAUGUAUGACAGAAUGUUCUGCAGGAUACUUUGGUAUAAACUGCCAGGAAAACUGUAAGGCCUAUUGUGGCGGAAACAGAACAUGUGACGUCAUCACCGGUAUUUGUGACGAGGGCUGUAUAGAGGGGCUACAAGGACCUCUUUGUGAUGAAGGAUCUAUUUCUAGCAGAACUGUGUCCAACAAUUGUGAUCUAAAUACCACCAGUAUCAUUAUCAGCCUUGUGAUCUCUUUAUUCCUUGUUCUGACUGGAAGUAUUCUUAACUUUAUCAUAUGGAAGAGGAAAGAUGAUGGAACUGAAAAGCAAAACUCUUCAAGGACAAAGAUGAAAAACAUGGAUGCUACUGGAAGUACAGGGACGGAUCCAGUUAUACAGAAUUAGGCGUUCUAGAUAAACCAAACACAUACGAAGAACUUUCUCAUUAUACAGAGGCUGUUGAUAAAAUAUAAGAAGAUUUUCUGAAGUAGAGGUGCCCGAAGUUGGAAUGACAAUGUGACAUGGUCAGCAAGCACACUUCUAUGUUGUUCAACAUACUGCAACCGUGCAUGCAUAUUUAAAUUAGUUUGUUACGCAUUUUUAAAUGCUGAUCUUAUCUUGAGGUUUUAAAUUCAAAAUA